AUGAAUCGUUUUUUUCUAUUACGUUCAACACCUUCUAUAAUACGUUUAUGUUCUCGUACAAAUAAAACAAAUUUUGGUUUAACAAAUCGUGAACGAAAACGUUUUUAUAAGCAAGUUUCUAUUGCUGAAUCAUCUCAAUCACCAACUAAAUAUGAAAUCUUACUUGAUCAAAGAAAAUUAAAAACACCAUUAGGAACUUUAAUAACAAUUGAAAAUGAACUUCUUGCAUUAGCUCUUGCACAAGAAUGGCAUCAACAAUAUACAAAUAUUGAUUUAUCCUCAAUGCAUUUAAAUGCUUUACUUAACACAACAAUUGAUAAUCCAUUGAAAAUAACAAAAACUCAAUUAGUUGAUAAAAUAAUGUAUUUUCUUGAUUGGGAUACAGUACUUUUUCGUUCGGAUCAUCCACCAGAAUUUCAACAAUUACAAACAGAAUCUUGGGAUCCAAUGUUAUCAUUUAUUAAUGAACAGUUUCAAACAAAUUUUGAAUCAACUUAUUAUCUUGAUGUGAAAGAUUUAGUAAAGAAAAAUGAUCGAGAUGUAAUUCAAAAAUAUUUAACAAGUUUUGAUCAACCAUCAUUAACUAUAUUUUUAUUUAUUGCUGAACAAUUAAAAUCAAUUUUAUUAACUAUUUGUUUAAUAAAACAAUUUCGUACAGUAGAAAAUAUUUCGACAUUAUCAAGACUUGAAACAGAAUUUCAAAUAUCACGUUGGAGUAAUGUGCCAUAUUAUCAUGAUUAUGAAAUAGUGGAUAUACGUUCGAAAAUUUCAGCUGCUUAUUUGAUUUUUUAUUGUUUAAACAAUAAUAUUACAAGAACAGUUUUGUCUAAAGAGACAAUUUAA